AUGUUUCCUUAUUGUUCGAACAAAUUGGGUAUUCAAAUCAUCUUAUGUAUUGCAUUUUUCAUCGAAAGUACCCAAGCACUAGGUGGUAUUUUUGGCUUAAAAGCUCUCACCGGUAACAUGCCCUACAUUGGUUAUGGUAAUCCAUGGAUUACCUAUCCUAGAGUUGCUUAUGGUGGAGCUGGUCUCUAUUCUCCGUAUUCGUCAUGGGGAUAUGGUGGGAGUAGUGAUGGUAUAUUCGGUGGGUACGGUGGCGGUAAUACAGGAUUAUCAAACUCUUUCACACCUUUAUCAGGCGAUGGACGAUAUUAUAGAGGUAGAGGAAAUCCAUGGAUAACCCAACAAUAG